GAUCGGGGCCGCGACGAUUAUCAGACAGGCAGCAGACAAUUAACUUUGCAGCUUUUGUCUCCAAGUCAGUCAGUCAAUCAGUCAGUCAGUCUGCCGCCGAGCAGCAUGUCGUACGGGCUCGCCAGCAGCCAGGCGACGUCCCUCAGGGCGCUGCCUAUGCAGCACAGGGGCUUCCCCGCUCGAAUGGACUACUACACCACUCCAGGGUUGCUAACAUCAAAAUCGAAAAGACGGAGCGAGAGCAGUGGCUGGAGCAGCAGCAGCAGCAGCAGUGGCGGCUCCUCAAGUAGCACAACUGCGAGCAAUGCGGCCGUCAGCGCCCUAGCCCUAUUGUCCUUCCUCUUCUUUCUUAAUAUGCUGCAGCAAAAUCUGGCUGCCGGACAGCAACAGACGCUUCUCUUCAUGGUAAACAACACCGCAGCCACCGGCACGACUGCUAACGCGUCGCGGCUCACCCUCAACCGGCGGCGAAGACCGCUGAUCGCCUUGGCGCAGGUGAACGCCAAGCAGGGCUUCAACGGCCGCACCAAGCUCACCAUAAAAGCGAUGAAAAAGAUGCGACUCAAGAAGCGCAGGAGACCGCGUGACCUGAACGAUGAACCAGAACCUUUCCUUGAAUACAGCAACGACAUAGACCUUCAGACGGAGGAUGAACAAUAUGAUGACGAUGACACAGACCUGACCAUGGCAGAUGAGGAUGAAGAAGGAGAAGAGGCUCCGCCGGUGAUGAUGCCCGGACUGGAGCACAGCGGUGCCCUGCAACUUUCUGCAUGGCUGCAGGGCCAGAUCGGUGCCGAUCAGAUGCGUUACGACCUGGUCGACACUCUGACCAACUGCAGGGCCGUUGUCGCUUGCAAUCUGCACAAAGCCAGCAAACAGGGAACGCUGACUUCGACGCCAACAUCAUUGCCAGAUGAUAGCCUCAAAAAGCUGCUUGGCGAAGCGGGCGAGUACGCCGAGUCGGGUCAUUUGGACGAAGCGUGUGAGGAUUUGCUGUUGGCCGCCGGCGACGAGUGCAACGCGCUGGCCAAGUCAUUCUCCGCGCUGCUACCCAAUCUCAAUAGUCUCGGCCAUUCCAUCACUGGACACAAGGACGGAGAAGAUAAACCCGAUUUAUAGUUCACCAUUUUUGAGUUGUGGAUUGUGCUAUUAAUUUUUCAUAGCAACUAGUGAAUACAAUUUAAAUUGUAAAUAACUGUAUUCAUAUUUUUUCGUAAUUGAAGGGGUGAAUUAUAUGAGUUAUUAUGCCUUGCUUCGUCAUUAUUUUACGCUAAUUUAUUGCUUUUUCUAUUGAUUAUUAAAAUACAAAUUUAAUAUUGAAGUGAAAUAAAAAAACAAAACAUUUG